AUGUAUGUGAAAUGGUUUGGUACAGUAAUGUUUUACUAUGUGAUUUUAGUGAAUGUCUCUUUUUGCCAUUUUCAAAUUUCCCGUCGUUCCAUCCCCGUACGUCCUGACAUCGCAGGGAACGGAACCCAGAUGACAGAUGCCGGCAUCCGCCGGAUUACAUUGCCGGGGACACUGCAGGAGGGACAUCGCGGGAGCGCAGGACAAGGUAACUGAUCGAGGGAUCCUGGAGCAGCGCCGCAAGGUAUUUCCGAGUGUAGCUCGGGGUUACCGCUUGUGCUACACUUGGGAAUACCACCAGGGAGGCUA